CCUUUGAGCUGCCGCCCGGGGCAGAGCCGCAGGAUGUUGCCCCGCGGGGCUGGGCGCUGGCAGCGGGCCCAGCGCUUUAUGCCUGGCCCCGGCGCGGCGCGGCGCGGAGCAUAAGCCGGGAGCGGGGCCCUCCGCCGCGGGAUAGGCCACGGCCCGAAGUUGCGGGCAGCCAGCGCGGCGGCCGGAGCCGGAGGCUGCCCCGGGAGCGGCGAGGGGUGGGCGGCAGGGCGGGAGCCGAUGGCUGGCCGCGGCAGGAGGGCAGCGGGCCGCCACGCGGACUGGAUGGGCUCCCUCGCCCCCGCCCUCGGCACCUUGCCGCUGGCCCACCUGGCCAUCCCAGGAUCACAUGAUUCUUUCAGCUAUUGGGUUGAUGAGAAAUCUCCUGUGGGACCCGAUCAAGCCAUGGCAAUCAAACGUUUGGCUAAAAUUUCUUUGGUGAAAAAGCUAAUGAAAAAAUGGUCAGUGACUCAAAACCUGACUUUCAAAGAACAGCUGGAAGGUGGGAUCCGCUACUUUGAUCUGCGCGUAUCUUCCAAACCGGGAGAAGUGGGACAGGAGAUCUACUUCAUACAUGGCUUGUUUGGCAUCAAAGUAUGGGACGGAUUGAUGGAGAUAAACACCUUCCUCACACAGCACCCCAAAGAAGCCAUCUUCUUGGAUUUCAAUCACUUCUAUGCCAUGGAAGACCAGCACCACAUAUACCUGAUUAACAGGAUCCAGGAAGCAUUUGGAUCAAAACUUUGCACAAUGGAAUAUGUAGAAAAUGUGACCUUGCAAUAUCUUUGGAAGAAGAGUCAGCAGGUUCUCAUUUUCUACCACUACCCUCUGUAUCAGGAAUAUCCCUUUCUGUGGCCAGGGAAUAAAAUGCCAGCACCUUGGGCAAACACAACGAACGUGAACAAGCUAUUACAGUUCUUAGAGACCACUCUUGGGGAGCGGGCUCAACAUGGAACUUUUCAUGUUUCUCAAGCUAUUCUCACACCCAGGGUCAAAACUAUUGCACGGCACCUAAUCCGUGGCCUAAAAAAUACGCUUGUUCACAGGAACCUGCCUGUGAUUUUGAACUGGGUAAAGAGACAGAAGCCAGGCGUUAUGGGUGUUAACAUAAUUACAUCAGACUUUGUGGAGCUGGUUGACUUUGCUGCCACUGUUAUUGCAUUAAAUGACCUCCUUUUAGAAGAGCACUGAGCUGUGACUAAAUCCUAACUGUUCUGUCACUCUAAGAUCAGCACUCAUCCACUGAGAGGAGGAUUUGGAGUCUUUCAUCCAUGUCAACAGCUUUCAACAUAAAUCUCAAUUUAGGUGUUUUGUUGUUUUGUUUUUUAACAAACAAAAACCUAGUUUCUGAGAAAAACGUGCUGAAAAUCAUUCACAUCAGGAUCCAUUGCUGCAUGAAUCUGACCUGAACACUAAGCAGUGUCUGAGUGUCACUGACUCUGUUAUGCACACAUCUGCUGCAGUACAGCAAGCUGUUGUCUGCCUGCCAGUAGGAGGCCGGACACCACAGCAGAUAUAACCAAUUGGCAGUGGUGUCUCCCCCGGCAACUAGAUUCACUGUGGGUGUGCAUCCUGAGCGUCAGGCUAAGAAUUGGUGUUAUCCUCAGGACCAGCCAAAAAUGAUCCUCCACUUUGCUGCAUAAGUCAGAGCUGUGCUGGUCUCAGUUACCAGUUGCUAUUGUAUCUCUUAUGCCAUACUAGAAGCUACCUCAGAGGGAAGCUUUUAUACUAUGUUCAGUGGUUUAAAUAGAGAUUUAAGGUGCGGAGAUUGGAUUUAAACUUAUAACUCUCAGGGGAUUUUGACUCCAAAGUCUUGUUUUCGGUCUCUAUCUUAUUUUAAGGGACUUCCAUUAGAGCAGGAUGCAGAUGCACUUUACUUAAGUUUGGGGAAAACAAAUCUGUUGAGUUUUCUUGAAAGGUUGUGGGUGGGAGGAAGCUCUGCACAAAAGGCCGCUAUGUGCACAUUAGUUACACAGCAGGCUUUGUUCAUUGUAUGUAGCUUUGAGACAUAAUGUAGCAAACUGUAAAAUGAAGUUUAGUCAAAACUUUGGUAGUUUCAUUCGUGUGGACCUUACCUCUUACCUCAAUUUCAAUUCACUUGGUUUUUCAUUCACUAGGCUUCAUGGGGGCGGGGGACCGCAAAAAUUGCUAUUUUUUGUUUGGCAUCUGGUCGUUUUUCACAUCGUUUUGUGCCCAAAAACUUGAACCUACCCAAGUUUGCUCAAAAUGCACCCUAAAGUCACUGUAAGGUUUGUAGCUUACUUGAGACAUUGAGUUCCUAACCUGAGUUUCCUCUGCGAGGCAAAUUGGGAUGCCUGGAGUGGAGGGGUGGGAAUAACUGGUAGAAUUCUCCCAAGCUGCACCCACUUGUGAUGGCAGAAUAAGAUGCUGCUCACAAAUUGUGCUGAUCCUCAUUACAUGAUCAUACAUGUUUUUUUAAUUGUUUGUUUUGAUCGGCAGCAAAAUGUUGACAAUUUAUAUAUUUAAAUUAUGUUUCAGCAUUGACACUCCACUGAUGAAUUAGGGAAAGUUAACAGAUUUGAGAGGCGAUAUCUCAGGCUCUCUGUUGAGUCAGGCAGACAUCACUGGAUAAAUUCGCACUCAACUCAUAAUGUAAAGGUUAUCUUUUGAGCCAUCAGGGCUAGAGACAUUAAAAAAUGAAGGAUUAGAUUCUAGAGCAAUAGGGAAAUGUGUUGGCUCACUGGCCCAAUCUGUUUGUAAUGAACACUUUGCACAAUUCAACUGAACAUUGAGGGCUCUGUUAGCACACUUCAUGUUAAAAGUAACUACUUUCCAUUGGUAGUAGAUUAGAAACCCUAAGCUUUGGGCAUUAAGUAGCGAUGGGCAAAGCUUUCAUUAUGGCCACAGUAGUACUCUACUUAUGCACAAAAACUUGCUUCUUUCAAGACAAAUCCAGACAAAACAGCUGGGGUUUGGGUGAUUCUAUGAUGAUACAUCGCAAAGUUUAUAUCUUCACAUUGUUGCAUUGUCAGGGCAUGUUAAUCUACAGCAGUGGUUCUCAACAGGGGUACAUGUACUGCUAAAGGUACACAGAGGUCUUUCAGGGGCUACAUCAACUCAUCUAGAUAUUUGCCUAGUGUUACAACUGGCUACAUA